ACAAGUUUGUGCUUGGUUGUAGAGUCAGCCAGGAGCUGGCAAUUAGGUGAUCACAUUUAUGGAAAAGUGGAAGCUACUAUUGCUGUUGGUUGUGCUGCAGGUGACAGAUGCUCAAUACAAUCAAAUUCUGCCAGGUCCACGAAUAAAGGCAGAGCCAAAAAGUCUGCUGGUCUUAUCUCAUAUGGCAGCCACUUUACAGUGUUUCUCAGAGAGUGGAUCAAUUACAUGGUUUCACAAUGGGAAAUCUGUUGAUAUUGUAGAUGGAUACAAGAUCUUGGCAAAUGGAAGUCUGAUAAUUUUGUCAGUUGACGAAAUUGAUGUUGGAGAUUAUUACUGUGAAGUUAACACUCUCUAUGUGGGUGUGAUAAGAAGUCAAACAGUCAACCUUAUGAUAGAGGCUCAACAGCCUGGACUUCUUCAUGGUCCACAUGAUGUAGUUGUUUAUGAAGGAAAUUCAGCAUACUUUGACUGUUUUCCUAACAUAAGCUUUCCUGUAAACACUCUGUUGAAUAAAUUAGCGGAUGAACUGAAAACUAUUAGAGUUGAUGCUGUGUGGAGUGUUGAUGGGCAGUCGGUGCAACAGAGUGAAGCUGGUGGUGUACUACUGUCUAAUGGAGGUCUUCUCAUUCCUUUUGUAUCUCGACACAAUGAAAACGAUGAUAUUGAUGUUAUACAUAAUUACUGUUGCCAACUUGACCAUAAAAAACCUGCCUGUGCAUCGAUGAGAGUGUUGUCUUCUAGUGGAAAGUCACAAUCUCCAACUUUAGUAGCCGAACCAUUUGAUGUAUUUAUUAAAGAGGGAGAAACAGGUGUAACACAGUGUGUAGGUAAUGGUGUACCACCACCCACAGUGACAUGGUUCAAGGAAAAUGGGACGAAGGUGAUUGCAGACAAUGAAGACGUUUUCAUGUCUGCCGUAUUGAAGAUCACGAAUGCACAAGUAGAAGACUCAGGGAUAUACUACUGCAUAGUAGAGAACAGUUUUGGACAGACAAAUCACAGCAUUUCUGUUGUUGUUUUAGGUUCUCCGAGAGUAAAAUUUGUGUUUGAUGACAAUGUUUGGAUUCCUCGAGGAAAGCAAGCUUAUCUUGUAUGCCCAAUUGAAAGACCUGUUUAUCCUCGUUCCAUCAGCAAGUUUGUACCAAAGUUGCAGAUUACAUGGCUUUUUAAUGCUACCAAGAUCAGUUUGACUGGCAACAAGCUAGAGACUUUACCAAACGACACAUUAAUAAUUAAGUCAACGAGUUUUGCCAGUGAAGGGAUGUAUCAGUGUUUUGUGGAGAAUGUGUAUGGUAGUGUACAGACGACAUUUCGACUGCGAACUUAUGGGCCACCAGAUCCUGUUUUAGAGCUUUCUGUAAGGCUUAUACCAGGAAAUGUACUUCUUACCUGGUUGUCGGGCUACCCAGGCUGUCAGAUUUCUACAUGUAAAAUUGUUUAUUAUGAAGUAACUGCUGCUCAGAGGUACCGAUCAAGCUGCGCAGCGCCUAUUCAUACAUUUGAAACUACAAUGGCACUGUUUGACACAAACAGUGGUCAAUUUGUCUUUUCGCCAUGUGCUGUGAGUAGAACAGGACAAGAAUACUAUUUCAAUGUAACAGCUGUUAAUGAGCGUGGUAGAUCCAAUGCUGUAGAAUCAAGCACACAGUACAUUGUGCCGCCUUCAUCAAUCAGUGUAGAGCUGAUUAGUGGUCCAUCUUUCAUUCGCAUUUUGUAUAUACUGGACAGCUUCAUUCAGAGUGCUAGUGAAUGUGAAUUAAGAAGUGGAAUUUGCAAUAUUAGGAAGCAAAUUGGUCCAAGCUGUUCUGCCUGUGUCAUAAUUACUGACUUACAUCAUUCUCAAAAUUUGAAUGCCACUAUUUCACGUUCAUCCAAAAAGAUGCAAAGAACCUUUGAAACUGAUGGACCGUCAGAGUUACUGGUUCAUGUGGAAAAUCUUCAACCGAUGUCUUUCUAUCAGUUUAGUGUCAUUGUCCAGUGGCGACGUCAACGUCUAAGAACAACGCUAACUAGAGCAGCAAAUUGUUCUACUGGAAUGGCAGCCCCUUUGCAUUCACCAGCAUUGCAGAAAGCAGUGAGAAUUAAUUCAACAUGGUUCUACAUCGUGUACCAGGGCAUUGAUUCAUCGAGUGUUUUAAGUCUUGCGUAUUAUUACCAACUAACUAUGUACAGCACUGAACAACAGAUUGCUCAACUGCGUUUGGGGUCGCACACUUUAAAUAAUACGAAUACUGCAACUGUUCGUUGGGAUGUGAAUGGAACAUUGCAUCAUUUGCAGUCGUGGUACAAUUACAGAGUGACUUUGCGCAGUUGUUGUGAUAACACAACAUGCAACCAGUGGGCAAACACUGCUCAGUGUGGUCAAAUGGAUGUCACACAGUUGCAGCAGGCUUGCAUGAAAUCAUGCAACUGCAGCAGUCAUGCAUCAUCAGGCACUAUUAAGCCACAUGACAUUAAGUUUGGAGCUGUGAAAAGCAUCAGUGUGACUGUGUCAUCUUGGUGGGCAAUCAUACACUGGAAACCAAUAGCAGACAGCUUGGUGAUGACAUACGUUACCAACAUCACAUCUUCAUCCAGUCGACCCAAAACAUUUGUGCAACAACCUUCAGUAUAUGUCUCAGGGCUACUACCUAAUACAAUGUAUAAUGUCACAGUUUCUGUGCUCACAUAUGAUAGGCAGCAGCCCGUCAAGUCGGCGUCUCACGUGUUUAUGACUGCAGGACAAAAUGCAGCUCCAGCAAAUAUCUCAGUGAAAAUGGUUAAUAGUUCUGCUAGUGUAUUGGUUUCAUGGUCACCUGUUUGGCUGCCAAAUCUCAGCAUCAAAGGAUUCUAUAUCAGAUAUUGCAAUACUACUGACUGCAGAGUAUAUGUUGUACAAACAACCAGAUCUUUCUCUAACAUAAGUAUAAAUGAAUUUUGUCCUGACAUGAAAUACAAUUUCUCUGUCGCUGCUUUCAACGAGAAGAGUGUUGGAAACUGGUCUGAACUAUAUCUGUAUGAAAUUCCAUAUUUUGUUUCUCGUCCUCUGAUUUUUGUGGGAAAUGUAGAUAGUCAUAGCGUACAAGUGAAUUUGUCCUAUGAUGCCUGUUUUAUGCAAAUCAGAAACGUAUGCCAGUAUUUGAAUUUCUUUGUGAAAGUCUGUUCUGCUGUGAACUCAUGUUUUCUCAAAAAUGGAAGAGAUAGUAGUAUUACAAUACAAGGACUAAAAGCUGCUAUGAACUACUCUGUAACUGCUCAGUUGAUGUGUGCAAUACCAGGUUUUUGGUCUGAACCAGUGGAUUUUGAGACUCCAGCAGAGCCGAAAGUCAAGCCUCAUGCAACAGUUGACAGAGGCAUCAUUGUGUGGAUCUCGGCAGCAAUUGUGGCAGUAAUAGGUAUUGUUGGUAUUGUAGUUUGUGACUGUUAUCAUGCAAGGUGUAGAAAGGAAAACAAUGAAAGAGCAGAAACAGAACAUGGAGUAAGUAGAGAACUACAGGUUGCACCUUUUGACUCUCAAUAUGAGACAGUACCACAACACAGUGAUGGGGAGUAUGACAGAUUAGUAGAUCAUGUUCGAUGUCACAGUGAUGAUAUUGUCACACAAAGUGCAAAUGACGAGCAACUACCUUUUGAAAGAACUUCACUUGGUGCACAAGUAAACAACCACCAGAGAGACGUACUGCCUAUACCUUCCAUUGAACAUCAUGAUGAGUUAACAGCAUCAGAAUCUAAUGAACAGUUUCAUCAAAGAAUACAUAAUUGUAAUGUGGCCGUGAAAAAUGAGCGUUGUGCUGAAUGUCUUGAAAAUGUAGAGCCAGAAAACAGCUUUGACUAUGUUCAACUUUCUACACAAGAACAAGGAGAUAGUCGAUCAACUUGUUUGCUCGAAGCAGCCUAUCAGACAAGGAAACAAGAUAUACACACAUCUAGUGAAGAAGAUUCAGAAUCAGAAUGGGCAAUAGACCAGAGGCAAUUCACGCGUUCUGGAUGUGAACUCUCCCAUAGUCUACAUGAUGCUGAUGCUAAUGACCAUGAUGACUGAUUUAUUUACUUAUUUAUUUAGGGAAACUGUUUAUUUGAUCAACGAGGUUGAUCUACUUUAGAUUGGUGUUUUGAUAACAACAUAACCACAACUAGAAAACAACAUUGUAAAGAAAGUACAGACACACAGAGCAAUGAAUGAAACGAAGAUAUAGUUUUUUGGCUGGACAAGUACAAUAAUUUGUAAGUCUUGUUAAUUAAAUGCUGUUGUAGUAGAGCAAUGCCAUAUUGAUCAAGCUAAUAAUUUUUCCUUGAGUUGAUACUGUAGUUGUUGUUGUUAUUAUUGUUGUUGUUUGUUGCUUUGUGCCAUUUCAAGUAACACUUGUGCAGUUAAU